AUGUCUACUGAAACUACUUCUGUAUUGAAAUUAAGGGCACUUGGUCGUCCAUUUCAGCUUGGAAUGCUGUAUGACGCAAGAAAUGAUGAGCUUAUUCCUGGUAUUACAUUGUGGAAUCCAACAGUAUUAGAGAAAAAUAUUAAGUCUGUCGACAAUACUCGAGAAACUGGUUAUAAAAUUUCCACAGAAGAUACAUUCGAAGAAAAGUCAUCAAUGCUUGGAAUCAAUGCAGAAUUAAAACUAAGUGUUCUAGCUGGCCUUGUUGAAGUAUCUGGUUCAGCUGAAUAUAUUAAUGAUCGUAAGAAAACUGAACAUGUCGAACGUCUGACAUUGCAGUAUUCGACAAAAACACGUUUUGAUCAUCUAACAAUGACUCAUUUGGGUAGAGGAAAUGCGAAUCAUCCAGAAGUAUUUGAUCAAAAAAUCGCUACACAUGUUGUUACUGGUAUUUUCUAUGGUGCGGAAGCAUAUUUGAUAUUUGAUCGAACAUAUUCUAGUACUGAAGAUCGCACAAAAGUUCAAGGCUUGGUAAAGGCAGCGGUGCCAUCACUUACCAUCACUUCUUGGUCCAGAUGA